GUCCCAGCUCGGCCCAAGACCCCUGGGCGUGGUGGGCACUGGCCUCUGCUGUCGGAUCGGGGCUCCCAGACUCUGCACCCAAAGUUCCCGUCGGACCCGAGCGGGGAGGAACUCCCGCGGCGGGCGGAGGCGGAGAUGGCGGAGGGCGGUGGGACGUGAUGCGGUAGUCGGGGCCGGGCCUUGUCGGAGCAGCUGGAGACCCCCUCGGUCGGGUCCAGCAGGUGUCUGGUCUUGCUGGCCCAGCAAGCCUGAUAAGCAUGAAGUUCCUUUCUUUGGUGGCCGUGGUCGGGUGUUUGCUGGUGCCCCCAGCUCAAGCCAACAAGAGUUCUGAAGAUAUCCGGUGCAAAUGCAUUUGUCCACCUUAUAGAAACAUCAGUGGACACAUUUACAACCAGAAUGUGUCACAGAAGGACUGCAACUGCCUGCACGUGGUGGAGCCCAUGCCAGUGCCCGGCCACGAUGUGGAAGCCUACUGCCUACUGUGUGAGUGCAAGUACGAGGAGCGCAGCACCACCACCAUCAAGGUCAUCAUUGUCAUCUACCUGUCUGUGGUGGGUGCCCUCUUGCUCUACAUGGCCUUCCUGAUGUUGGUGGACCCUCUGAUUCGAAAGCCAGAUGCAUACACUGAACAACUGCAUAAUGAGGAGGAGAAUGAGGACGCUCGCUCUGUGGCAGCAGCCACUGCGUCCCUCAGUGGACCUCGAGCAAACACAGUCCUGGAGCGCGUGGAAGGUGCGCAGCAGCGGUGGAAACUGCAGGUGCAGGAGCAGCGGAAGACGGUCUUCGAUCGGCACAAGAUGCUCAGCUAGACGGGCCAGUGCAGGUGGCUCCAGGACGGGAGGCCAUGGCUCCAGCUUCUGGGGCUGGACGGAGCCAGGGGGCCACUUCUCCCCUUCCCUCAAUGCCAGCCUUCCUUGGGUCUUCCCUUUAAAAGCCCGUGGCUUUUUUCCUUCCCCCUCUUUAGAAAUGUUGUGCUCAGCUGUUUUAAUUAGGGAAGAGCGAUGGGGUCUCCGAUCUCAGGCUUGUCUCCUCUGGGAUUGAGAGGAGGGGGAAGGCCAGAAGGAAUAGAGACAUUUGAGGUGGCCUCAGGAUUGGAUGGAAUCUGUCUCUCCUUGCUCCACCCUUGCCAUCCUUCUGGUUCCAAAUCUUGGGAACUUUAUUACCCUUUGGAAGGUGGAGCUGGGUCAGCAGGAACUCAUUCUUGGGAGGAAAACAUGGUCCAGCAUCCAGCAUGUGCCUCCUUUCUGUUGUGGUUCUUCCUGCCACCUUCCAGCCCCAGUGAGGCCUGCUUCCAGUCCCGGGGAUGACUGAUGGGAGAGCUGGUCCCACUGGGCCCCACUGUGCUCUUCAGGACACACCGGGAGCCUGGUGUGCUCCCAUGUUCUUCCUCUGCUGAUGCAUGGCAGUGCCCGUGCAUUCUUGCCUCCUCUGCCACCUGUCCCCUCACUCCCACUUCAGGACCCAGGCAGUUCCCCCACCUCUCCCCAGUGUCUGCAGCUUCUGAGCCAGACGGUUGGUUGGACCGUGCGACACAAGGGCACGAGCAGUGGGUCUGAAUGCCAUAGCUCCUAUCCUUGGAUAGCCACUUGUCCCCGAAUUUCAUUGUUCAAUGCAUGGAGAGAAAUGUUUGUCCUGUCAUCUUAGAGUUGUUUGUAAAUCAAGGAAGCCAUCAUUAAAUUGUUUUAUUUCUCUCACUUUCUGGAUUUUAAGAGAUUGAGGGAACUAAGAGAA